AAGACAGCAAUGACAGAGGAUGUAUCCGCAUGUCAAUGGAAAUUAAACACGCCAAGUUUUGGCCAAAAGACAACUUAAUUCUUCCUACGAAUGCAACGAUGAGCUGCAACCACCUCAACAGGUUAUGGGCCCAAGAGUCAUUCGAAGGUAAAGUCAGUUUCCACCGUGUAGAAGGUCGCGAAGGACAGCGUGCUCACGGACUGCUGAUUAGUGGAAAAAGCUAACAAGCAACAUGGAUCCACGAGGAACAAGUAGGUUGCCUCGACUGGCAUUUGACGGAGAUGAAGCUAAAUAUGAACUCUGGGAAACUAAAAUGUUGGGACAUUUUCAUCUAAUCGGGCUAAAGACCACAGUGCUGGUAGGACCAACCACUGAAGCCGAGAGAGAAAAUGAUGAAAUGAAAAAUGCGGACGAGUAUGCUGAAAUGAUAAAACUUCUUGAUGAUAAAAGCCUCUCGUUAAUAAUGAGAGGUGCGCCAAAUGACGGAAGAAAAGCUCUGAAAAUAUUAAGAGAAUAUUAUGCUGGGAAGGGAAAACCCAGGAUUAUAUAUUUGUACACCAUGCUAACAUCUCUUCAAAAGGGAAACGAAGAAAGCAUAGUGGACUACAUAAUAAGAGCUGAGACCGCCAUCACAGCAUUGCGAAAUGCAGGUGAGACAAUGGGAGAUGGUCUACUUAUCGCAAUGGUCUGCCAGAAGAUUACAAGCCAUUUACAAUUCAUGUGGCGCAUACCGAUGAGAACAUGACAUUUGCAGAAUUCAAAACCAAACUCCGAAGUUUUGAAGAAACGGAAAAGUUAAAUGCAGCAGAAUCAAGCGACAGAGUGAUGAAGACUCAAGCAAGAGCUUCAAAGCAAGCCACAAAGGCAAAUGCUCGUGACCGGAUCAAAGACUACACAGAGUUGGUGUGCUUCAAAUGUGGGCUCAAAGGCCACCGUGCAAAAUCAUGUCGACAAAAGACAUGGUGUAGUCGGUGCAAAACGGACACGCACAAAGACACCACUUGCAGACGCAAGGAGAAACCGGGCGGAGCGAGAAAAAUCGCUGAACAUGGAGAUCCUGAGUUUGCCUUCAAGGUGAGAGAUGAACAGCCUGACACCAAGCGGCAGGAUACACACAGCAUUCGGGAACGAGGCCUGAUGGUGGACACGGGAGCGACAUCUCAUAUCAUCACUGACGUGACCAAGUUCAAAAGCUUCAAGGAGACGUUAAAACCAGAGAACCACAGCGUUGAGUUGGUAGAUGGUACUCGGUGCAGUGGAGUCGCACUAAAAAGAGGAGAUGCAGAGUGCUACCUGAUUGACAACAGAGGACAGCAGCGCAAGGCAACACUCAGAAACGCACUCUUCAUACCAUCGUACCCACAAGACAUCUUUUCGGUGAAAGCAGCAACAUCGAGUGGAGCCACGGUACUUUUCAAAGAAGAUUGAUCAACCACAAGACCCACUGAAGUACUGGCUGAUGACGUGAGUAAACAGCUUUGUGACCCCCAAAUGCCAUUUCUCUCAUUGAGCUGUCUUUUACAGUUAAAGUUACUGUCAAUAAUUGUUAUGUUUGCACCUUAAUGACAGAUUUUGCCAUUUAUAUUCUGAGCAAGUGAACAUGUACAGUACUACUUGCACAUGUUUUCUUUUUUGUCCAGCAGUGUUUUACAGUUACAAAAUGUACUGUCAAUAGUUAUUGUUUGGACCUUAAUGACAGAUAUUGUCAAUUAUUUCGUGUACAUGUGCAAACAUUGUACUUUCAUAUGUUUUUUUUAUUUAUUUUUAUUUUAAGUCAAAACGUUUUAUUUUUAUUUAAUCAGAAUGUACAUUUUUGUUUAGUCAAAAGAAAACCACCUUUAACACCUUUGACCUGCCUUGUACUUAGCCGACAUCAAUAAAUGGACCCAUGCUUGUAUGAAAAAAAUAAUUGCGGACCUUCAAGAUCUGUAUUUGAGGACCCCUGCUCUAUACUUUAUAUUUUACUGUACACACACAAAUUUAUCUGGCACAUAGUACGUACAUCUCAUACAGUAAUUGUAAAUGCGCUA